AUAUGACUAUUUUGUAUUUGUUAUGAAUAUGGAAUGUACCGGUAUCCUGAAUUCUUAGGAAACCGGACAGUAUUCAGGCUGGUAUGGACGUCCUGAGUCUGGAGCACGAGGUGGGCGCCUGGGACUCCGUGCUCCUCGAUCCUCUGACCGAAGACAGCUUCAUCGCCAACCUGCACAUGCGCUACAAGCGGGACCACAUAUACACGUACAUCGGGAACGUGCUGGUGUCGGUGAACCCGUACAAGAAGCUGGCGCUCUACUCUCCAGACGUGGCCAGGGCGUACCUCUGCCACGGACCCCACCAGCUGCCGCCGCACGUGUACGCGUCUGCGGCGUGCGCCUACCGUUUCCUGCGGGAUCGCCACGAGGACCAGUGCGUGGUGGUGUCGGGCGAGAGCGGCGCGGGCAAGACGGAGGCGGCGCGCCUCGUGCUGGCCUUCUUGUGCGUGCCCUUCCACCAGCCGCCCUCCGCGGCGGCCAUCAGGGAGAGGCUCGUCCAGUCGGCGCCGCUGCUCGAAGCAUUUGGGAAUGCUAAAACAUAUAGGAAUGAUAACUCUUCGAGAUUCGGUAAAUAUCUUGACAUAGAGUUUGACUACAAAGGUGAUCCUCUUGGAGGGACCAUUACAAACUACCUCUUGGAAAAGUCGCGCGUCACGAGUCAUGCUCCUGGAGAGCGAAACUUCCAUAUUUUCUAUCAGCUACUUACAGGAGCUGACAUUCACCUGCUCAAACAGCUGAAGCUGCAACGCAACCUGGAUAAUUACAGCUUCUUACGCAACAGCAACAAUCGCUGCCACGGUCCUGACAGUAUAGACGAUCGACACGAUUUCCAAGUCACGAGGAGAGCUAUGGAUACGCUUGGGUUCAUGCAGGACGAGGUGAUGAGUGUCUUCAAGAUUGUUGCUUCCGUACUGAAGUUAGGCAACAUCACUUUUGUGCCAACGAAUAAUAUCGAUGGCACAGAAGGCUGUACUGUAAACAAUGAUUACGAGCUGUUUGAAGUGUGUCAGCUGCUGGGGACGGACAUGGCCAGCCUGACCGCAGGCCUCACACAACGCACAGUGGCAGUGUGUGUGUCGUCCAAAUGCUGCUCACCAGUGCCACGAUCUGUUGCGUCAGGCCUCAACACGCCCUCCCGCAGUGUCGCCAGAGAACUGUACGAUGUAUGCGAACUGCUCGGAACGGAGCAGGGCGCACUGCAGACAGCCCUCACAUCACGGACACUGCUGCCGGGGACGGUUUCCGGCACAGACGACGGUGAGGAGCCCGUCACGGCAGAGCUCAGUGCCGGCGAAGCGACACAUGCCCGGGACGCACUCUGCAAGGCACUCUACAGCCGCCUCUUCACGUGGCUCGUUACCAGGAUCAAUGACAGCACAAAGGUGAAAAGAUACGGACGGAGAAAAGUUCUCGGUAUCCUCGAUGUGUACGGAUUUGAAGUUUUUGACAAAAAUGGGUUCGAGCAGCUGAUCAUCAACUUCUGCAAUGAGAAACUGCACCAAGUGGUUGUAGAGAUGGCGUUACGGGAAGAGCAGGAGGAGUAUGUCCGGGAAGGACUCGAGUGGACACACAUUGACUUCUUCAACAAUUCCGCCAUCUGCAGCCUCAUAGAGAAGAACAGCCACGGGCUACUAUCCCUGUUAGACGAAGAGGGCCUGCGGACGGACGAGCAGUUCCUCAGCCGUCUAUCUCAGGGGCCAGCGGGACAACGACCCGAACUCCUGGCCACGGCUUCCAACUCCGGCAACAAUCUGCCACCAAACUGCUUCAGGCUGAAGCACUUUGCUGGCACCGUAACGUACAAUGUAACAGGUUUUGUGGAAAAGAAUAAUGAUAUUCUUCCACGGGACUUGUCGCAGUCCAUGUAUCGCUGUGAACAUCCGCUGUUGAAGACCUUGUUUCCUGAAGGAAAUCCAAAGAGGUCGACACUGAAGAGGCCGGCAAGUACAGGAGCACAAUUCAAAAUCUCACUGAGUGCCUUGGUGCGGUCCGUGACGAGCAAAACACCGCACUACGUCCGCUGUGUCAAGCCCAACGAGCUGAAGCAGCCUCGCAUCUUCGAGAUGGCCCUGGUGGCGCACCAGGUCAGGUACCUAGGGCUUGUGGAAACGGUGCGAGUGCGGCGAGCGGGUUUCUGCCACCGGCAGACGUACUCUUCGUUCCUGAGCCGCUACCACAUGCUAUCUCCCCACACCUGGCCACACUGGGCGGGGACCCCCGUGGAGGGCGUCAGCUACCUCGUGCGCGAUCUGCCCAUUCCGAGUGGAGAGUUUGCUUUCGGACGAACUAAGAUCUUUGUUCGUAGUCCUCGAUCGAUAUACGAACUGGAAGAGUUUCGACGUGUUCGUUUGGAGGACUUGGCAGUACUCAUCCAGAAAGUUUGGCGUGGUUAUCGUGAUCGGCAGUUGUUCCUCUUAAAGCGUCGGAGCCAAAUCAUCAUUGCCUCUGCUUGGAGGAGUUGGAGGGCGAGAGAAGAAUAUCGCAUUUUGAAAAGGCGGAAGCAGAUCGAGUGGGCAGUCUCUGUUAUACAAAGGCACUAUGUCUGUUGGAAGAGAAGACAAUUUCUGCUUCGCCUUUCUCGUCUUCUUCCUCCUGAAAGCGAAUCUCCUACCUACCGAGACUGGCCUCCCUGCCCACGCCGCCUUGCCGACACGUCUCUGUUGCUCCGAAGGUUGCACCACAAGUGGAGGUGUCACAAGUACCGCCUUAAAUUCGAUCAAACAGCUCGGAAUCGUAUGAGGGAAAAAGUAACAGCCAGCAUCAUCUUCAAAGAACGGAAAGCAUCGUAUCCCCGCAGUGUUUCCCAUCCUUUCCUGGGUGAUUAUGUGCGUCUGAGGCAAAAUGUGCAGUGGAAGAAGACAUGUGUGGAAACGAAUGAUCAGUAUGUUGUCUUUGCUGACAUUAUCAACAAGAUAACCCGAUCUAGUGGGAAGUUUGUGCCAAUCCUGUUUGUGCUGUCGACGAGCUCAAUGCUGAUUCUAGACCAGCGGACACUACAGAUUAAGUACCGAGUGCCUGCCGCUGAGAUCUACCGGCUGUCCCUGAGUCCCUACAUUGACGAUGUGGCAGUCUUCCAUGUGCGAGCGUUGAGCCCCAGUUCUGAUGCGAGCCACCAGAACAUCCCGGGAUGCCUGUUUCAGAGUGACCUCGGGAAGAAGAAAGGCGACUUCAUCUUCCAGACAGGCCAUGUCAUCGAAAUUGUGACAAAGCUAUUCCUCGUCAUCCAGAAUGCUGUCGGAAAACCCCCUGAGGUCAACAUCAGUACUGAGUUUGAAGCAAACUUUGGCCAGCAGACUGUAUUAUUCACCUUCAAGUGCCUGGGGAUGCCCGAGGUCCCCCCGGGACAGAUCAGAAUAGUGCGCAAAGCCAACAAGAUGGAGGUGCUGCUCUGAGCUGCAGUGUGAAGAAGCUGAACUGUGAUUGCUGACUGGGCCUGUGAACUUAUGCUCUGACCUGCUGUGAUGUCUAGGAUCUCACACCACGAGGAUUUGUCAGUAUUGUGAGUUGUUAUGCUCAUUGUAGUCGGGAAUAGUCUGAAGAGUUGAGAGUGAGACUUGGUGUCAGUAAGUGUCACACAGUGGUCUGUUUGUGUUCCCCAAUGGUAUUUAUGGGUCUAACAAGAAGAAAACUGUUUUUAAUUUUUUUGAGUCCUUUUUCAGUUUAAAUACUUUCAGAAGGCUAUAUAUAAAGUUAUAGUCUAUCAGCAGAAAAGCUGGAUCCAUCUGAAGGAAUUGCAAAAGGAUUGCUUUGAGAAUGAGCUGGCAUUGGGGGGCCAAUACAAUUUAAGGAAAAGAGUUAAGGAGAAAUGUGAAAGGCAAUAACACAGUAUUACUUUCCUUGGCAAUAAAGUGGACAUUGUCGAGUAGAAAGUUAUUCCCUCUAGUCAGUUGGGCCUUGCAAUCUAUCAGCAUUAUUGCUAGUAUGAUCUUAGAACUGAAAUGUUCAUGCAGGUGUGAUGCUGUUAUGGCAUAAAUUUUGGCACUUCAGGAAUUUGUGACUUGAGAUUGCGUGCAUGUAAACUGACGAACUAUGCAGAAGAGGCCACAAACUUUAACUUUUCUGGGUUUUUCAGGAAAAAGCCAUCUUUCAGUGCAAAUAAGGUCUUUGAAUAUGGUGUUCUAGUAAAUUAGUAUGACCUAUAGUUAUGUUCUCAGGUUGUUCACCAUAGAUUGUUGUGCAUCCAGAGGUAUUUAGUUUCAGCUGGUGAAGUCAUUCAACAUCAAUAAUAUGCUCAAGUAAACUUAACCAUACCUAUGAUCAUUUCUUUCUUUAACACACUUUGUUCACUUUCCUGAUAUUUGACUGUGCAAGACACAGUAGUCUCACUUUAAUUUUAAUUCUGUAUUGCCGUUCUCACAUUGACUUAAAUGACUGUCUUUACAUUUUCACUUUUCUGUAAAAUAAAGCCUAUUCUGAUGUAGGCAGUGAAAUGCCCAAGUGAAAUGAAAUCAAAUAAAUGUUGGAUUGAUAACAACUUUAUCUCUGAAAUAUGGACUCAACAGCAGUAAAGAAAAAGUCUAAAAUUUCAUUAAAAUUAAGCAGUGGUAUUUUAUCUUUCUUAUAAUCUUUCUUGGAUGUCAUUUACUUUUUGUAUGUUAUUUCCAUCAAUUACUUUUCAUGUAAUGUUUGGUAUUAUCUGCAGAGUACUGCAUUUUUUCACAUAGCACUGCUUUAUACCGUUCAUUGUUAUGCUACAGGUUUUUAUCAUCUUUUUAUAUUUUUGAAAAUAUUUCUUCCUUUCCUAGCCUCAGUUUUUAUUUUCUUGUCUAUCUUCUUAUGUCCCACUAGCAAAAUUCCUCUUGUUCCUGUAAAUUAUUAUCUUUUGCAUUCUACCCUACCUCAUUUUAAGAUUUUGUUCUCUUAUCUAUUCACAGCAGUGUUUGCACACAAUUUUUACAAUUUGUAUAACAGUUAGACAUCUUUAGUGCCCAUCUCAUUAGUCACUAUUAUGGAUUUGGCUUUGUUACCUGUAAUUCAGCGAAAGGUAUUCAGUUCUGUUAAAAUUAUAUUGGCAGAAUUAUUCAGAUGGUUUGUGGGAUUUAGAUAUAAGCCUACUGUUAAAAACUGAGGACUUCUCUACGGUAAAGCAGAAGUCAGAUGUAUGAUAAGGAUUGUAUAGAAAUCCAGGUCAUCAAAGCUUUAGAUUUGUUUCUAUAGAAUGAGUGACCUGAAGUAGUUAAACUUUUCAUCAGUCUUUUGAUGUUUCAUGACAAUGUAUUUGUGCUGUUCACAGAAUUUUAUUACUACCUCAGAUAGAUGUCAGCUUUUAUAAUUUUUAGUCACAGCAGUUCAAGUUCAUCUACCACCCACUGUGUGAUACUAACCAAGGUUCCUUUCAUCUGGUCUCAAAAUAGAAAUUCCCAGUAACAAUAGUCUUUAUUGUUGUUAUGUUAGUAGUACUAUUGUAUGAGGAAGAGGACAUCAGAAAGAAAUUUACCCAAAUCCUCGUUUCUGGGAGGACAGGCAGAGAUAAGCAUAAGAGAUAAGUCCAGAUUCAGUGACAGAAGAAGAGGAGAAAAAAAAAGGAAAUUUUAUGAGCAGUGUUGUUUUUCAGAGACUUCUCACGGAUGACAUUGUUAAGUAAAAUACAUUGUUACAGAGUGUUUGAUGUUGAAUGGCAUAAUAAAUAUAUAGGUAUGAAUAGAUUAUAUUGUGUUAAUAGUGAAGAUCAAAUAUACUCAUUUCUUCUGUGGCCGUGUUUCUACUGUGGACCGCUUGUGAGCCACAAGGAGCAUGGCCGAGAGGAAAAUUCCAAUUUUGUGAUAGGGGGUCAGUUCUAGUGACCCUGGCAGAUGCCACCACCACAGUACCGUUUACACUGGCACCUGUACUUUGCUGAAUUUUUUUUUAUUGGUAGACCAUGUCCUUUGCACAUUGUAUUUUAUCAUGUUUAAACAGAGAAUAUGGCAGUGACUGGUGUAUUUAGAUGUGUCACAGAUGCAAACUAUCGGAGUACAUGUGAUUUCCCCUAAUCAAAACAAAGAAAUAAAUUUAUUUUCAAGCUAGAUCAUGGCAGUAUUGUACAAGCUAUUUCAUUGUAUGAUAGGUAUGUUUCUUUUGUAAAAGUAUCACUCACUUAUCUUAAGUGGUUCACAUUUGAAGGCCUUAUGGUAGAUCAUGUAGUGUUGUUCCCUGCUUCUUGUUAUGUUACAGUUUUUAGAUUUACAUCUGUUUCAUAAUUGAUACAUGGAGUUUGUGAUAUCUAAUGAGGUGCAGACAUACUGUGCUUUUCAUACUUUGUGUUUGUAUUGGACUGGGCAUGAAUAUUUCUAACUCAUACAGUAUGUUUCACUGGUGUGAGUCACUGUUAUAAACACUUAUUUCCAGUGCCGAAUUUUGUUGAAAUUAACUGAUUACAUCACUUCAUUUAGAGCUUUGAAAUAUCCUUCUUGCUCAAAAACUGUGCAUUUGAAUUUUCUCAUACAUGGACAUCAGACAGCUAGUCAGCAUGAAAUAAAAAGAGCUCUAAACUGUCAGGAAAACCAUAAUUUUUCCAAAUUGUUCUUGACUAACUUCUUAUCUAUACUGCCAAAGUAUUUAAUCAAAUAUGUCAUUGCCACUGUGAUGCAAUCAAGCCAGCAGUGUAAAUGUACUGAAUCUCAUACUUUAUAUGUUACAUUGUCUAAUACAUUUUAUGAGAGAAGAGUUAAUGUAAUUUCCUAAAUCAUUUCUUACCUUUCUUGCAAAGAAAAUCAUCAGCACUGCCUCUGGUUAUUCAGCAGACAUUGCAGUGAUAAUGUUCUGUUUUGGUUUUGGUUGUAUUUUUAUUAAUCUCUAUAAAACUGAAGAAGAAAUAAUUUUGUCAAACAUAUUUGCAAAAUAUAUUAUGUAAAUAAAACAGAAAGAAACUUCCACAUGGGAAAAAGUAUUCAAAAAUGUGCAGAGGGCAUCAGUUAAUGUGUCUACAUAGAAAUUGUAUCUGGUCAUCAGAGCUGAUGUCACAUUUUAUUUUGUUAAAUUUUGUAAGUGUUUCCCCAUGUGCCACUGCUUCUAAAAGAAAUUAUGUUUGGACCAAAAAGCAUUUGUCUCUUUCAACAAGUUGCUGAUUUAAUUCAUGGCAUAAGUGCUACAGUUUUCUAUGUAGGAAACAAAGUGGGUUCAUUAUCAAAGGUAUUACAGCUGUAAUUGUUUCCAUGUCUGAAUGCUUUUCAUGUAACCCAACAGAACAUGAUUUUCUGUUUGACAGGGAUAUAAAUCUGUCAAAAUUUUAUCAGAAUCAGAAUGAGGUACUGGAAUUAUACUCUAUAGUUUGCAUAAUUUUUUUUCAGACUGACACAAAUUGAAAUAACAGUGAAUAAAUGUCAGUCCAUAAAUUAUUAAUGGAAAGGAAGAAUAUUCGUCAACAUUAUUCAUGAAGGCUCAGCUCAUGAUUGCUGUUUUAUCAUACAGCAUAGUUAUAAGUCAGUUCAUCAUUAACAACAGGUUUCCAAACUUUUGUCUCUGCAUUGCUUUUUAACUCUUCUGGAAUGAUGGUGCCCAGGGUUUCAAAAAGAGCUCAGUAAAGUCAUUGUGGAUUUUUGUUCUUUCUAAGUAGUGUAAACACAUAAGAACAUCAAAAAAAUUUUGGGCAAGUAUACUUCUGAAUGUGGUUUAUCACUAUGGCCCCUCCCCUUAUUUCUUAUAUUUAGAUAUGCCAGUUAUUAUUCUUUAUCAACUACUAAGCAACUGUCUUUUUGAUGAGCCUGUGCUAUUUUUGUUCAUAUAAGAAAAACUGUAACAUGAAUUUGCUUCUUCCUUAAACAAAAUUGACAAUAACAGUCAAAAGCCAAAUUAAUAAACAAAAUUACAGUAGAAAAUUGCAGUUGGAAACAUUUUCUCACUGCACUUGUAUAUCUUUGUUGUAAUGUAAUUUUAAAAUAGAUACUGUUCAAUUUAAAUCUGUUGCAAGAAAUUUCUUCCAUUGAUGAGUGUCAAAACACAAGUGAAGGUUGUUCUGUUAAUGAAUUUGAGUAAAUUAACUUAUUUGUAUAUCUACUCCAUGAGAAAGCCAUUUGAGUGCAGCAAUGUCUUUUAGUUAUUUUUAUGGUUAAGUACUCUCAUGAGUGGACAUAUUUUUUCUGCCAUACAAAUACAGGCUUUGUUUACAGAUUGUUUUUCAGACUUGCUCAACGGCAAUUAUGUUUUCUCUUCUCUGAGUGCAUUGUGAUACAGUGAAUACUGUUGGAAGUGUUCCCAGCCUGAUUUAAAAUGAAAGGUGCUGCUGAGAUAAGAAACAAUCCAUAAAGUUGAGCUUCCAGUUUGUGUUCAAGAAAUAUUUCUGUUGAUAUCUCCAGACAGGACUUGUAAUCCCAAGCCUGGACUUGCCAAAUAUAGGUAUAUUGACAUCUACAUGAAAGUGGUGUAACUUAUAUAAAUAAUGUACAAAGGUUUAAAAGCAUCAGAUGUAAUUUAAGCAAAGGUAUUGUUUCGUAACACUGAGAUUUUUUGUAACAAAUAAAAAAAUAUCU